GUCCACCGUCUCGAAGCCGGAAGUAGCGCGUGAGUCACUGCAGCGGUGCAUGUUUCAGGAUGGCCGAGAGCAGCCUGGAGGAGCGCUGUGUGGAGGUUCUGGAUGUUCCUGAUGAUUUGGACGAUGAAUUCCUCUCUCUCUACUUUGAUAACAAGCGGCGCUCUGGCGGAGGGAACGUGGUCUCUUUGGAGAGACAUGGAAAGCAUGCACUGGUGGUUUUUGAAGACGCAGAGACUGCUGUCAGAGUUGUCUCCAAGACCCAUGUGCUCCAGAAUAACACACUGACGGUGCGGAGGAAACCACCAAAGGACCCUGGAAAGCUGCUGCUGAAAGGGCUCAAUCCACACACUUCACUGGAGCAUGUGGAGCUUUACAUAGAAAAUGUUACUGGGAUGUGUUGUGAAACAGACUUCAUCCUGUAUCCAUCUCCGAACAAGGACCUGGUUCUAAUACAUCUGAAAAACCCUUUAGACAAAGAUUUUCAGAUGCUCAGAGACGAAGUUUCCACGAAGCCUCUGAACGAAGCAAAGGUCACUCUGGAGCAGGUGGAAUCUACAGACUCUGUUUCGGUGGCCAAUCUGUCUCCUGCGCUCACAGAGGACGUGCUGGAGCUCUACUUUGGGAGCAGUCGUGCUGGAGGCGCUGACGUCCUAGCAGUUAGCAUGCUAGCAAAUGGCCGUGCGAUGGUUUCUUUCAAGGAUGUGAAGUCUGUGGACUGCGUUCUCCAGAAAUCCCAUCAUUUGGAAGGGACAGAUUUAGUAGUGGAGCCUUACUUUAAUUUCUUGCAUGAUCAGUUGUCUGUGAGCGCUCAAGAUGAACAAGGAACAUUGAUGGAUGGGAACCAAUCACAGACAGUCUCACCCCAAAGUCCGACUGCUUCUGUCCCAGAGGCAAGCAUCCGCUUAGGACACGAUGCUGCCACAUGUUUAGUGAGUACUACUGCGUCUGCUCCUGAGCCAUCUAUCCAGAAGGAAUGUGUUAGCUUCGUAUCUGUGCUUGACGCCACUAAACGUCACCUGCUCAGUUUGAGCAAUUUGCUUGAAACCUUCAAAAAGGAUCACCCCAAAUUCGACGUCAGUCUAUUAAAAGAUGGCAUCCAAGUCAAAGGUCCUGACCAAAUUGAGGUUGAAAGACUUAAAAACGAAGUUCUGCAGUUCCUGACUGGUGUUGUGGAGGAACAUCUGACGCACAACAAGCUCAAAGCUGAGUUUCUCGGACGGGAGGAUGUUAAAAAAAGGCUGAAUUUGUCUUUGAAAAGCGUACCUUCAACCUACAGCGUGUCAGGCUGUACGGUCACUGUAACGUCUCCGUCCCGUAGCGCCGUCAGGCAGGCCCGAGACCUGAUAGAGUCCCAGAUCUCAGAGUUCACUGUGCCCAUAGCCAAAGAGUGCGAGAGCGUGCUCUGCUCACAGGAGUGGUCUGAUUUCCGGGCGUCUCUGGACUUCUGCAGUGCCAAACUGUCCGACGCCGGUGGAGCGAUUACUGCCCUCACCCUGACAGGGAUGGAGAAGGACAAUCAAGAGCAGAUGGUUGUGUUUCUCAGCACACCACGCCAGAAGGAGAUCGUCCUGUCUAUGGAGCCAGGAAUACUCAAAUUCCUGCAACUCCAUCAUCAAGGUCUGCUGGCGGACAUGGGAGAGGUCAUCCUAUUCCCUCUGGAGACUGCAGAUGGAUUGAGUAUUCAGGGAGAAUCGAAUGUGUGCCAGUCGGCGGCAGAAUUAUUAAGUGCUAUUAUCGGCUCAAUCUUUACAAAGACCAUUGUGGUCACCCAGCCUGGCAUUUCCCGCUUCCUGCUGGAGGAAGAGGGUGUCAGCAUACUGGCAGAGAUGACAGCAAAGUUCGAAGUCUAUAUCGACAUGGCCAAAGUGCACUGGGAGCCGCUAGAAGAUGGUGACAUACUGGAGCUGGCAUGGAAAAUGACAACCUGUCAAAACUUCCAGAGAAGUUUCUCUGCAAAUUCCGUGCAGGACUUCACUGCUGGAGUCCCGAAUGGACGUACUGAUGCACAUACUUCAGCUCGUAUUGAAGAGGCUAAGAAGAUCUUGGCAGUCAUUGGCAGUGAUUUGAACCCCCAACCUUCUAGUUUAGGAGCCACAGACAUUGAAUCUGUAGAUCUGUAUUCAGACCAGAGCCGAGAUACCUCAGCAGUGGCAGAAGAAGAGGACGACCAACCCCAAUCACUGCAGGCCCAUGACCUCCAGAGCUCCUCUGCACCCAUGAACGCCUGCAGCCUCGACGAAGACGCAAGCCUCUUGCUGGCCAUUCAGAUGUCAAUGGAGCUCAACCAAAGGUCGGACGCAGAGGACAUCCAGAAAGCGCUAGAACUGUCCAGGAGCGACUCCAUGCCAAACCAGGAGAACACGCAGCUGGAGAGAGCGUUUGACAUGUCCUUGGAAGACGCCAUCAAGUCAGCCAAUAAAGCCGAGAUCUGUGUGUUUGCUAACUACAACCAUGAUCUUGUCAGGGUGGACAUCGCAUUGGGCAAGAAGGUUGGAUUGAGACAGUGUGAGGAGAAGGUCGAGAACAAGAACCUGCGGAAACUCUCCUCCCAUCAGAAGAGAUGCAUAGAGCUCAUUAAGAGGAAGCAUGCUGUUGAGAUCAGCAUCCAGGGCACCACCGCCGUCCUCUCCGGCUUUAAAGAGCAUGUCUCUGAGGCCGUGGUGGACCUGAAAAACGUCCUGAGAAGGACAGAGAGCAUGAUGAUGGAUGCUGAAAUCGUGAAGACAGUACAGUGGGUGUGGUACGAGCAGGGCUCCUCCUCGAAGGCCAUCCCGUACCCGCCAGAUGCCACGGUGUUCAUUGAGAACGCUUGGAAGAUGAAGCAGAAGAAGACUGAUAUUCUCUUCAACAAUCAGCCGUGCAGCAUUGACUUCGAGAAGAUGGAAGAGCAUAGUUUGGCAUCCGGGAAAACCGUGCCUAUUAAACGGAAGAUGCUGAGCACAGAGGACUUGUACAUGGAUGGUGCAGAUGAAGAUUGCAGUCUGCUGUCCAGCAUGCCUGAAGUGUGUCCAGUGGAUGAAGACUCUGAUGAAUUCGAGAAUGUGGUCAAAGAUUUCUAUGACACCCUUCAGGACAGCCACAACAAAAUCAGAAUCAUUAAGGUUGAUAAGCUGAUGAAUAAACUCCUGCAUGACCAGUACAGGCUGAAGAAGGUCAGUAUUGAGUGCAGCUCCUCAGAGGCGCAGGUGGAGCGCACCCUCUACCACGGCACCAGUGAGACCAGCGUCAAGGAGAUCUGCAUUCACGGCUUCAACAGGAGCUUCUGUGGGAAAAACGCCACUGUGUACGGUCAGGGUGUGUAUUUUGCGGUGAACGGCUCACUGUCCGUCUCUGACACCUACUCCCCACCCAAUGCAGAUGGGCACAAGUUUAUUUUUGUGGCCAGAGUGCUGACCGGAGACUUCACCGUGGGCAAGUACGACUACAAAACCGCCCCGCUGAAGGAGAGCUCUGGCGUUCCUGUCAGAUACCACAGCGUGACGGAUCAGAUCAACUCCCCGACGCUGUUCGUCAUCUUCAACGACACACAGGCUUACCCACAGUACCUCAUCACAUGCAAGAAGAUCUAAGGCUGAUCACAUGCCUUCUCAUUUAUAAUGCCACUGGCAGUCAUGUCUAAUCAUGAACCCACUCUUACUUUACUGCACAUGUGUUUAUUUUAAACAGGAUUUUGUCUAAACAGUAGUUGAGUGUUGUUUUCUUUUCAUUUUAUGAAUAAUAGGAUUCUUCUGUAUUGUAAGUGACUGACAAAAUGUUUUCAUAUUUUGGUGUCCUUUAAUGAUUGAUAUUUUUUAAACAAAUGUAUUCAGUCGUAAUGUAUUGUCUGCUUUAAGACUGUCAGCUUCACAUCACUCACAGAUGAGUAUUUUUGGUGUCAAAAAAUAAAGUAAAUAAAUGCUG